AUGCAGGAUGAGAUAAUCACUUCUGGUGGUCAGGUCCAUUCAGAUGUAAAUGCUGCAACUCCUCGAGCAAACGAUGAUCAGAUUAAGAAAGCUACUGCACUAAUCAGACGUAUAGAGUUAAAAGAUUUUUCGGUGUGCCAAUUUGCUAAUCCUGGUAGUUAUGAUGUCAUGGAGAAAGUGGAAGUAUAUAUUGAUUGUGAUGUUACUAGCAGGCUAACAAGCAUGGACCUCUUUUCUAGAAGUUCUCCAAACUCGUUCUUGAAAGAAUUUAGACAUUAUGCAGUACUACAAGCCCUGGCACUAGAUGAAGACGAGAUGCCAGAAAUUGAAGAUGAAACUAUUCCCGAUGAGAAAGGUUUGGCUAGACCGGGAGUCAUUAAUGCACUGGAAGAGUUUAAGCAUUCUGUCUAUGGAGAUAGCUAUGAUGAAGAGCGUGAGCUUCAGAACAAUAACAAAUUAAGUGAGGCUUCAAGAAAAAGGAAAGCAAUUGCCGAACAUGCGGUGGAGGAGUCUGCAAAAUAUGACUGGGCUGAGCUUGCGGACAGUGGGCAGUUGAAGGAUUUAACAGUGGCUGAACUAAAGUACUAUCUGGCAGCAAACAACCUUCCUGUUACUGGGAAAAAGGAAGCUUUGGUCACUAGGAUCUUGACCCACUUGGGAAAGUGA